ACUUGAUCAACCACUCGUCAGACUCAAAGCAAUUUAUUUAACCAGUAAAUCAAGUGGUGUUAGACAACAAGUUUUACUUUCAAAUUGGAAAGCUCACAAUUUUAAUCAUUGAAAUUUAGCAAGUGAAAACCUUUCCAUCUUGCUCGUUAUCUCUGUUUAUUUGAGCCUUUAAUCUUUCCAUUCUGGUCAUCACCAUCCUCAUUGAGACUGAAUCUUGUGAUUCAACUAUAAGAUUGAAAAACCAAAACAGCUAAUCACUCGUUUGAUUUAUUACCUCAGGUCACAGGCCUUUGUCAGCUAAUCUGAAGUAAAGUGGAUGAAGAGGAAGAUAAGAUGAAGACAGGUUAAAGGACGAGGACCUUUAAAAGUGUGAUACUCAAAUUGGACGCCAUUCAUUUGGAUUAAGCUUGACUCAUUUCAACAAAGUUAUUUCAUCUGUUCUGCUUCAAUUUCAAUACUGAUUGAACGUGGAGUUGGAUGAAAACAAAUUGUAACCAGAAAAUGUUUCCUCGGUUGACAAUCAUAUGCUUAAUCAGCGGAUUAAUAGGGAUCAUUCAGUGUAAUACAAUUCCUCAUCAACUUGACAUUAUUAUUAAAUCACCAUCAACCUCACCACAGCUUAUUGACGACAGUGACAGUAAAUACAAAAGUGGUAAUAACACAGAUGAAGCUGCAGCAAGAGCUUUUCUGAAGGCUCAAGAAAUUGAAGCUGUUAAGAUUUGUCGUAAAUCUGUCCAAGCUGAAUGGAAUUUCGCCAGCAAUUUGACUGAAUACAACAAACAAGUUUUGCUUGAAACAUCCCGUCAAUCAGCCAACUUUGCAAAGGAAACUUGGUACAAUGCAACUUCGUUUGCCUGGAAAAACUUUUCAGAUCCAUUGAUUCGUCGUUGGUUUAAAGGAUUAUCAGUUCUAGGAACUGGCGUUUUAGAUGGAUACAAAUUGAAUCAGUUGAAUGAAAUCAUUGCUGAUAUGGAAGAUGCUUAUUCAAAUGGUAAAGUCUGUCCAUAUUCAGCUGAGCCAGUCACAAACAAAUCCCUCUGUAAUUUAAAUUUUGAUGAAGGUAAGAGGCUCAACUUCCUAAUCACAAGUCAAUUGAAUUUAGUUUUGCGUCUAAUCGAUGUUUUUAUCCUCAUUUCAGAUAUCACGGAAAUUAUGUCUAAAUCACGAAAUUACGAGGAAUUGAAAUCAAUUUGGACUCAAUGGAGAGAUGUUACUGGUAAAAAGAUGAGAAACAAUUAUCUAAAAUAUAUUGAACUACUAAAUGAAGCUGCAAAACUCAAUGGUUUCUCUGACAAUGGUCAACUCUGGAGAGAUGGCUAUGAAUCAGAUUCAUUUGAAGAUGAUUUGGAAAUAAUUUGGAAUCAAUUUGAACCAUUGUACAAACUGUUGCAUGCUUUUACAAGGAAAAAGCUUAUAGCAAUUUAUGGUGAAGACAAAAUUAAGCCAAAUGGUCCGAUUCCAGCUCAUAUCCUUGGAAAUAUGUGGGCUCAAUCCUGGAGUAGUUUGGGUGACUUGUUAACUCCUUUCCCAAAUAAACCAUCAGUUGAUAUUACAGAUAAUAUUCUGGCCAAAAAUCUAAGCGUUGUCGAUAUGUUCAGAAUAUCGGAACGAUUUUUCACCUCUUUGGGCUUGAAGCCAAUGACGGACAAAUUUUGGAAGUAUUCAAUCCUUGAGAGACCGAGCGAUGGACGUGAAAUGACUUGUCAUGCCUCAGCUUGGGACUUCUGUGAUGGCGAUGACGUUAGAAUCAAAAUGUGUACUCAGCGCAACAUGAAAGAAUUCAUUGUUAUCCAUCAUGAAAUGGGCCACAUUCAGUAUUACAUUCAAUACAAGAAUCAACCUUAUGUUUUCCGCGGUGGAGCCAAUCCAGGUUUUCACGAAGCUGUUGGUGAUACACUUGCCUUGUCCGUCUCAACACCAACUCACCUCAAAACCAUUGGACUUUUAGAUGAAAUCUCUGCCGACUCGGAGGGUGAUCUUAACCACCUUAUGUCUAUGGCUCUGGACAAGAUUGCCUUCCUUCCAGUUGGCUACCUCAUGGAUCGAUACCGGUGGAAAGUGUUUGCAGACAAUUCAACUCAUUCCUCACUCAAUCGACUUUGGUGGGAACAUCGACUUCGCUAUCAAGGAAUCUGUCCACCAGUAAGACGAACAGAACAAGACUUCGAUGCUGGAAGUAAAUAUCAUAUCGCUGCUAAUGUCCCUUACAUAAGAUACUUUGUCAGUUACAUCAUUCAAUUCCAGUUUCAUAAGGCUCUUUGUCAAGCGGCUGGCAACACUGGACCACUUUAUCAAUGCGAUAUUUAUCAAUCUCGAGAAGCUGGACAAUUGCUGAGUAAUGUUCUGUCUCUUGGAAGUUCAAAACAUUGGUCGGAAGCAUUGGAGAUAAUCACUGGAAGUAAAAAGAUGAGUGCUCUUCCAUUGAUGGAAUACUUUGCUCCACUCAUUGAUUGGCUCAAGACUCAAGUAAACGAGGAUGAAAUUGGAUGGGUUUCAUCGGAUCCAAUGAUUUGUCCAUAAGGAAGGACAACCAAUUAAUGGACCAAUUUAAAAGAUGAAUUAAAUUGACUUCAAAUCCAGACAUAACCCAAAACUGAAAACAUUAACAGCAAUUUAACUAUCCAACUUUGUCAACCAAAAUGCGUUUGCUAAAGCUGAAUAUUUUAUAGUUUGUUUCAAUUAACUUAUUUAUUUAGCUUAAACAUUAACCUUUUUGCCUGAAAAUGUUGAUAUUUUUAGCAAUCUCGACAUUAAAUGAAUAAAUUUGUAAUUGAAAUUACAAAAGUCAACUUUAUAUUUCAACAGUUGAGACAAUGAAAACCAAGACUCACAAAAAGCAUCAAAAUUAUUCUGGUUUUUUUCAUUUACCUUCUAAAAUUAGAUUACCUUUUUUCAUGUUUAAUUUGUUUUUUUAAUUCAUUUCUACUUCUGACAUAUCAUUCAUUUAAUAUGAUGUGAAUAUAAUUUUACAAGAAAUAUUAAUGGCUUUACUGUGUUUCUGUGUAACAUUCAGCCUUUUCAAAUGUUGAAUCUCUGUAAAGCAAAAACAUUUCAACUUGAACAACAUAUUGAUCCAAA